AUGAUAGAAGUACUGAUGACCAACUCUCAGAAACUGCUACACCAGCUGAAUACCCUGUUGGAACAGGAGUCCAGAUAUCAGCCAAAGGUCUGCAGCUUGAAACUGAUUGAGUCUGCCCACGAUAAUGGCCUCAGGAUGACUGCGAGACUGAGGGACUUUGAAGUGAAAGACCUGCUUAGUCUAACUCAGUUCUUUGGUUUUGACACUGAGACAUUUUCUUUAGCUGUGAAUUUACUGGAGAGAUUCCUGUCUAAAAUGAAGGUACAGCAGAAGCAUCUCGGGUGUGUUGGACUGAGCUGUUUUUAUUUAGCAGUAAAACUGACAGGAGAGGAAAGCAACGUCCCAUUGGCAACUGAUUUGAUCCGGAUAAGUCAGUAUCGGUUCACGGUUUCAGACUUGAUGAGAAUGGACAAGAUUAUAUUGGAGAAGGUGUGUUGGAAAGUCAAAGCUACAACUGCCUUUCAAUUCCUGCAGCUCUAUUAUUCACUCAUACAAGAGAACUUUCCAUAUGAGAGGAGAAACAGUCUUAAUUUUGAGAGACUGGAAGCUCAACUCAAGGCGUGUCACUGCAGGAUCAUAUUUUCUAAAGCAAAGCCUUCUGUGUUGGCUUUGUCUAUCAUUGCACUGGAGAUCCAAACACUGAAGUGCGCAAUGUUAACAGAAGAAGUAGAAAGUCUUCAGAAGCAUUCCAAGGUAAAUGGCCGAGAUUUGACCUUCUGGCAAGAGCUUGUAUCCAAGUGUCUAGCUGAAUAUUCAUCCAGCAAGUGUUCCAAACCUGACGUUCAGAAGUUGAAAUGGAUGGUUUCUGGGCACACCGCAGGACAGCUGAAACGCAGCUACCACAGGGUGACCCACCUGCCAACGAUUCCGGAAACCAUUUCUUAGUUUCCAAAUU